AUGCGGCGCUUAUUCGGUUCCAAGAAGCCAGCGGCCCCCGCGCCGACCAUGGAUGAAGCGGUGGACAAGCUCAACGUCCGGGGAGACACGCUGGAUGAGAAGAUCCGAAAGCUAGAUGAGCAGCUGGCCAAGCACCGGGACAACAUCAAGAAGACGCGGCCGGGCCCGGCGCAAGAGGCGGCUAAGCGGCGGGCGCUAGUGGUGCUGAAGCAGAAGCGGCUAUACGAGUCGCAGCGAGAUCAGCUGUACAACCAGCAAUUCAAUGUGGAGCAGACGACGUUUGCCAUGCAGAGCAUGCAGGACACGGUGCACACGGUGUCGGCGAUGAAGGCGGCGGGCAAGGAGAUGAAGGGGUUCAUGAAGGACAACAACCUAAAGAUCGAAAACAUAGAGAAGCUGCACGACGAGAUGUCAGACAUGCUGGACUACCACCAGGAGAUCCAGGAUGUCAUGGGCACAGCGUUUGGUGUGCCCGAGGAUGUGGAUGAGGAUGAGCUCAUGGGGGAGCUGGAUGCACUGGAGGAUGACCUGGCAGCGGAGGGCACCACCUCUGGCAGCGUGCCCGCCUACCUCCAAGACGUGGACCUGCCAGAGGUGCCGCAGGGGCAGGCGGCGCAGCCCGCGCAGGCGCAGGCAGCAGACGAGUUUGGGCUGCCGGCCAUCCCGCAGCGGACGUGA